GUUGUUUGUAUCGAAUUGUGAAGUGAAUGGCCUUCGAUUGCUGUGAUCCGUGAAACGCAGUGCGAGUGAGGACUUUUCAUGAUGGCGGCAGCUCGUGGUGACGUGAUGGCGAUGUGGUCUCAAGCAUCAUGGCUCCCACUUGGCCCGGAGUUGGCUCGUUACGGAACAAAGAAUUUGUGGAAAAUGUCGAGCGAGAAAAUGUGGAUCCCUUGUCAUCAGUCAGGAAAGUUCAAGAAGAUGGUGGACGAGAAGAAGCAUGCGUCGGAGCAGCUGGAAGCGGAUUUGCAGUCCGUUCAGGACGACCUACUCCGGCUUAAGCUGAACGGAGCCCAACACCAGUCCAGUGGUUCGGCGACCGACGCUAACAAGCACCAGCAUCCUUCUUCCGGGUCGCACGUCAACGACGAGCCGUCCGACUGUCGCCUCGUCUCGUCAAUCUCCCGGUCCUCGAAACCGCCGACUUUCUCGAGCCGCCACCGGAACGGCGGCCUGAACGCAUCCGCUUCGCUGGAGGACGAGUUGCUGUCGACGCGUCGGUUUGUUCGACAAGCCACUGCCUUUGCGGAGCACGUGAGCAAACAGCAGCAGUUGGCGUCGUCGCACCACCGACACUCGGAUUACGAGUCGGCGGGCAUUGUUCGACCGCCGGCGUUUUCCCAGCGGCGCCAACACGCCAACGGGGUGUCGAGUGGCGGAGGGUGUAGAGCUGUGAUGAACAGCGGCAUGGCGGCGUACCGAGGCGACGUCGGCCAUUUGCAGAAUGGCUACUCCAUGCCCAGCUGUCCGGCCUGCAGACGGGAUCCGAGGAUCCUUCGAACUGCGAACGAGAAAGCGACUUUGUAA